CUGUCAAUGGAUGUGACCAACUCGACCACAGCGGCCAUGGCUUUACAUCAGGCCGCCAUCUGUGUUGCCUUCACACUCAUAUUCCUCAUCGGCCUGUUAGGGAAUGGGAUGGUGAUCUGGAUUAUCCUGUGCACCAUGAAGCAGCGGUCUCCCACCGUCAUUUUGAUACUCAACCUGGCUGCUGCAGACUUCUCAGUCCUCAUCACCUUGCCGUUUUGGAUUUACUCAUACGGCGAUAGGUGGGUUUUUGGAGCAUCUUUCUGCACCACUCUGUUGUACCUGGUCCACAGCACCAUGUUCGCCAGUGUGUUCUUCAUUAUGGCGAUGAGCAUCGAGCGGUUCGUGGCUGUACUGUACCCAUUCACUGCUCAGAAGCUUUGGAGACAUGAACACAGAGCAGCACAAGCUGAAACUCCACACUGUUCUCAGCUGCAGGACAGUUCUCAGCAACAGGAAGGGCUCCUUUUGUUCGAGACUUUAGUGGGUUUUGCCAUUCCGUUUCUCACAUUGUCAGUCUGCAAUGCGCUGGUUGCAAAACGCAUCGACCGGAUGACUUUUCAAGGCAAAAGCAAGUCGGUCAACGUGACCAUAAGGGUCACCAUAGCGUUUGCAGUUUGCUGGCUGCCCUAUCACAUGAGGAACCUGUUCAUCAUCUCCUCAGCACUCUCGAACCCAGAAGCCUCCAAGAUGUUACUCCGGCUCGCUGAGAAAAUAGAGAAUUUGGUUGGAGCUCUGGAGGUGUCUAACAGCUGCAUCAAUCCCAUUCUGUACGCGUUUGCUGCUCGGAGAAUCCAGAAUAAUUUUAUAAUCUCUGGGAUUGCUAAACUCUUUCAACAACUGCACAACUCUUCCGCCAAGGAAUCAAACAGUCAAAGAGCCAUUUCACAGCAGUCCAGCUGUUAAGGAUUGUUUGUUUAUUUUACACAUGCAAAUCUGUGCAAUGGUGUAUGUAAACCAUAAAGGUAAACUUUGAUGAUGCUUUUUUGCAGUGCUUCGAUUGACAGCAAGUGUAUGGCUUUCAACAGUAGGCCUUCUCUCAGUAGGUAAAAAGGCCAAAGUUUAAAAUACAGAGGCAAGAUU